AUGUCCUCAUCAUCACCCGAGCAGUGCUCAAGCGAUUCCCCCGCUCCACCUCCUCGCUCCAUACCCGUGCCAGAACGCCUGACACCACCCCAACCUGCAAGCGUGCUCGACUUUGCCUCCUUUCCACACAUCCGGGAUGCGGUCGUCCGCGCAUCGCCUCGCGAGUCCCUCAUUGCUCUCCGCGCCGCGUCUCGUCGACUGCGGGAUUUAUGUGACUCUCGACUCGUGCGCCACAUUAUAUUUACGGCCAACGGUGCCGAGACGCCAGAUGGUCGCAUCCCCUCUGAAGACUGGUACGAGAGGGCAGAGGUCGCACGAUGUGUUGCUGUGGCAGAGCUCGCCACCCUAUCGACCCGCCCCGUUGACGUCGAGCCUGACAUGUGCCUUUGUCCUCCAGGCGCGCACACAUGUGGCGCCGAGGCCCUAGCGCCUUUUCUCUGCAACCUCCAGCUUGUGCGCCUCAACAACGCCGGCGUGCAAGCUGACUAUCCGAUCCUCACCGCGCCCCGACUCUCGCUCCACCUCGACGUCGUGCCCAAUAGCCUAUCUGCGUGGGCGGCAGCCCCGGGCAAGAUUGUCCAGACUGCUUGCGUGAGCGGCGCAGACACUGUCACAAUGCUCGUGACAUAUCACCCAGACCACCUACUGAACCACUUUGGGUUCUACUAUUGGUUAUCUUUCCCGCCCGCCCUCAAGCACCUCGUCAUUCAUUACCGCCCACGCGUGGACCUGCCGGUAGCCCCGCGCCCACGCCCAGUACCCGAAGCUCGCGAGCUCGAGCGCCCCACCCUCCUCCAGACGUUUGCCAACUCGCUCUGCCGCGGCACUCACGGUGGCCUCCGCUACUCGCUCGUUGGGCUCGACCAGACAUGGCCGGGUAUGUAUCGUGCUCCCGAGGAGCGCGACGACAAGAAGCUGCUCAGCACCGAACUCUUCGCAGCCGCACGCCAAGAGGGCAAGCGUCUGCUCGGCUGGGACGACGAGACUGCCGACGAGUGCUUGGCCCGCGUCCGCUUCCCAUCCCUCGAGGAGUACCGUGCCCAGAUCAGCGACGACCUCUUCGCUUGCGAGAUGACCGAGUGUUUCUGA